AUGAGCAGCCCAGGCCCGAACCCCUAUCCAUCUCCCACUCAGCUCAAACCCACCCUCACCUCCCUCGCCACAGCCGCCCACAUCCUCGACGGCUUCGCCCACCGCAACAAGAACCAGCACCGCGCCACGGCCUGGUGGCCCGCUUUCAACAUGCUCCGCCGGAACCUCCACAAGCUCACCUCCGACCUGGAAGAUGCCGUGCAGCAAGCCGAGUUCCUUUUGUCUUCUUCAUCAUCUUCCUUCUCGCUCGCGCCCAGCAGCAGUAAUAACAAGAAGAAGCGGCAAAAGGGUUUAGUGGUGCCACCACCACCACUAGCAGCAGCCGUCGCCGCCAGGCAACCUGCGCUGGACAGGGUGGUGGAGAGGGCUGUGUGGGUUCGUGAUGUGCUCGUCACGAGAUGCUAUGGAGCAUUCACCCAGCUCACAGCCGACAGGCAAUUCGCCCAGCUAGGCCUACUCCUCCUAGGCGUGCUCGCCCAGAUCCAAGCUGCCAUCCAGCUCUUCAUCCCCCCACCAAAGCAGGAGGAAGAAGAGACAAGGGCUACUGAGGAGCCGGCAAGACCAGCCGCCGUCAUUGCGCACGGAUCCGCUGAGGGGAUCGGUACUUCUGGUGGCAGCGAUCAGUUAGAUCUCGGCGUUGCCGUGUCGAGGGACGAAAUGAGUGGUGGCGGUGGUGGUGGUAGGGAUGACGACGUCGAUAGUCAUGAUACGCGACAGGAUAUUGAGCAGCGCUCGUCGCCGGUACCUAGACAGCCUCUGAUGGAUGAGGUGAGCGAGGCAGGGAGAGGAGGGGGCAAGAGCAGGAAGCAAAAGAGGUCGAGAAUAGAUGAUGGCUCGGCAAGGACGAACAGAGAGGGGAGGGAGCCGCCGCGGCGGACGCAGUCUCCUCCUGCUGUUGUGGAAGCGAUGGAGGUGAAAAAGGCUCAGAAGAAGAGGAAGAAGAAAGGCGGUGAUGAGUUCGACGAUCUCUUCAGCUCACUCAUGUAA